UAUUUUGCGGUGAAGGAUAAACCCCGGCGACAGCCCAGCCUACGGUUUGGAUAUUUCGCCGUUGCCUUCCUUCCUCUCUGCCUCGCAACAAUGGCUCUCCCCCUCGUCCGCCUCCUCCUCCCCUCGCUCCCCGCGUGCCAGCCACCGCUCCGCCACCCCGAGCACUCCUCUCCUCCGCCUCGCCACGGUCACGUCUCCUUCUCCGUCUCCGCCGCUGCCCGCUCCUCCUCCUGCAGCCGCGCCGCCGGGUUCGCUGCCUGCGCUGCUAGCGCCUCGGUCGCCCCGGCGCCGGUGCCCGCGGAGGCGGAGACGGAGGCGGCGGAGGAAGAGCCCGUCGGGCCCAGGACGCGGCUCAUCGCCAUGAACAUCCCGUGGGACUACACGCCCGACGACAUGCGCGCGCUCUUCGAGAAGCAAGGCUCCGUUGUCAGCGUCGAGCUUUCGAUGUACAGUUCCAAAAAGAACAGAGGGUUGGCAUUUGUAACCAUGGGCUCGGAAGAGGAGGCUCUUUCAGCAAUCAACAAUCUCAAUUCAUCUACUUUAAAUGAUAGAACAAUUAAGGUCGACUUUGCAAAACCUCGAAAGAAGCAACCUACUGUGCCGUCAGCUCCCAUGCAAAAUAAGCAUAUUGUGUUUGUUGGAAAUUUGACAUGGAGGGUGAGAUCUCGUCAUCUGCGGGAGUUAUUUGCGUCAACCCCAGGUGUACAAUCAGUUGAAGUUAUCUUCCAAACCACCACUCCGAGGCGAUCUGCUGGUUAUGCAUUUGUUUCUUUUUCCUCAAAAGAGGAGGCGGAAGCUGCCAUAUCCACCUUCAAUGGCAAGGAAUUGUUGGGACGACCCAUUAAUGUUACGUUCAAAGAAGAAACUGCCAAAAAGAAAAUAUCUUCUCAUUCAGAGGAAGAAAACUUGGAGGCAGAAUCAUCUGAGCAGAGUGAUAGCUGAGCAUGGAUUUGUCUAAGAACCACAGAAAGAAGUUUAAUGAGUUGAUCUGCAGACCUAUAGUGCUCUUAUUUCAGGUGGCCAAGUUGCUGGUUGAUUUUGCUCGUUCAGCAACUCUUGCAUUUUGGAAUGCUGCAUUCUGUAAGUUCUCCACUUGAUGUGGAUGACAUUUGGAGGCUAGUUAGGUGCUAGGGGUACCAAAAAAACAUGAGCUGUCAACAUCUGAGGUAAUGAACUGUAGAAUAUACGUAUCUGUUACCUGCUGACGGAUUUGACUAUAUUUAUUUAUUUUCUGUAAUGAAAUGUGUUUGGUUCUUUAA